AUGGAAUACAUUGGAAAUAAAACCAAAAUUGCAGUUUCUAGAGCAGGAAUUGAUCCACAAACUCAGCCCCUGGUGAAGAGUCUCCUUGAUGAUCUUAAGGAAUUUGAAAUGCCUUUCAAAGAUGUCGAUACUGACUAUAAAUUCAUGAAAUACAUGGAAAAUACAGAGAAAUUUGUUCAACCAAUUUCCAUUCCACUUGGCAUAGAAUUUGUUCAAACGACAAAUUCAGUGACUGGGGAAGUGCAACAGAAACCCAUAAACAAAACAUUUGAGUAUAUCCCUAUCGGCGAUGUGUUGAAACUGGUGCUGGAAAGGCCUGGUGUACUUGAAGCAAUUUUUGAACAUCACAAUGCUCAAUGCAGAAAUCAGCUUUUAGUCGAUUUCCAAGAUGGAGACUACUGUAAAAGUCAGGAGUUCUUUACCAAACACACAAUAAAAAUUCUUCUCUACACAGACGAUGUAGAGGUAACUAACCCUCUAGGAGGUAAAGCUGGCACACAUAAGUUGGGAUGCAUCUAUUAUACUGUAAAGAGUUUACCCUCAAAAUUCUUGUCGAGUUUGAAACAGUGUUUUGUAUUGGCACUCUACAAAGUAGCUGAUGCCAAGAAUUAUGGAAUAGAUGCCAUACUACAGAGGGUUGUACAGGAGAUAAAAGUUCUUGAAGAAGAAGGGCCCCAUGUCAUGAGCAGUGCUUAUACAGGCAGACUUCGCAUUGCAGUUGCUCAAGUGGUGGGUGACAAUCUUGGUGUGAACAGCAUAUUGGGAUUUACUGAAUCCUUUUCAGCGAAUUAUCCAUGUCGUCACUGCAAAGUGUCAAAAGAUGUAUUGAGGAACCAGUGUGUAGCAGACAAGGCUCUUGAGAGAAAUCUUCAAAACUACAAUGAAGAUGUUGCACAAAAUAACUUACGUGAGACUGGAAUUCGGAAAACAUCUAUUUUGAAUGAGUUACAAACAUUUCAUGUCACUUGGAAUUAUGCUCCAGACAUAAUGCAUGACAUGUUGGAAGGUGUAUGCAUGUGGGAACUGAAGCUAGUGAUUAAGCAUCUUGUUACUUCUGGAACAUUUACUCUUGCAAAACUCAAUGAGAGAAUAACAAGUUUUGAUUAUGGAUUCCAAGAUGCAUCAAAUAAACCAAAUUGUAUAAAUGAUGCUGACAUCCAGAAACCAUUCAACGCUGCUGGUCAAAAUGCCUCUCAGAGUUGGUGCCUCAUGCGCCAUUUUUGCCUGAUGAUGGGUGAUCUAGUGGAGGUGGACAAUGAAUACUGGGAGGUAAUUGUUCUCUUAUUACAGUGCAUGGACAUGAUAUUUUCUCCAGGUAUAACAAGGGAAGACACAUACUUCUUAAAGCAUCUAAUAAGAGACCACCAUGAAUUGUAUCUCCAAGUCUUUGAGGAGCACCUUAGACCAAAACACCACUUCAUGGUUCAUUACCCUAAUGCUAUCAGGUUUGUUGGACCAUUGCGUCAGUUCUGGACAUUCAGGUUUGAAGCCAAACAUAAUUUCUUGAAACAACUAGCUCAUCUGAAUUGCAACUUCAAAAACAUUGCCAAAUCUCUAGCAAAGAGGCAUCAGUUUCAACUUUGCCAGAAUAUGAUCACAGAGCGACAAUUAGGCAGUUCAUCUUUGGAAGUUGGCCCCGGAUCAAGUGUCCUGCUUGUCAGUCUAGAUAAUGCAGAAGUCAUAUCUCAGGCAUUGGGUGGAUAUCCUCUCUAUGAUGAUCUUUUCCUUGCCAAGUGGAUAAGACUGUUUGGAAUCACAUACAGGAAGGGAAUGAUCGUAGCUAUAGGGAAGACGGAUGUUGAUCUGGAGCCCCUCUUUGGGAAGAUCAUACAGGUGGUUAUUUUGGAAGAAUCACGUGUGAAACUGGUAGUACAAAGGUGGGAAAAUGAAGGAUUUUCUCGGCACUUACAUGCAUAUGUAGUAACUCCAGGUGAUCCCACAGAAGUCAUUGCCAUGGGCAUAGAUGAUCUGGUUGACUUCAAUCCACUCCACGCUACUAAAGCAUACAUGCAAGAUGAUAUGUGGUAUAUCUGCCCACGCUACAAAAUUGCCUGA